UACAGAAUGCAACUUUAAUAAAACAAUCCAGCCGUACUGGAGGAACACCAAACAGGGCUCAUUGAUCAGCUGGUCAGCGCGGAGCUGGGGGAGAGGUGAAGCCAACAAUCAGGUCAUCAUGCUUUAGCACACAGAAAGGACCGGCUAAUCACUGGAGAAGCACCAUUUACCUUUCCAUUGAUAAUCCUGAGCCGAAAAGGCAAACAUCUCCCGCUUAUCCGCCAUUCGUCAUCCUUGCAAAGAUGCCAGUGCUAAGAUUAAUGCGGUGGCAUUUCUGGUGACGGGGGAAACAGAGCUUGCGUGCGCUUCAAGGCAGGCAGGCCAGCUGGUGGAUCGACGGGUGGAAGGGCACACCACAAGACAUUUGGGUUAGGCUUGGUGAAAGCAUGCGGCCCUGGGCAGGCUCAUGGCGAUGGAUUACCCUGGUGCUGCUGGCUUGGGGCACACUCCUCUUCUACAUCGGUGGCCAUUUGGUGAGGGACAGCGAGCAUCCGGAGCGGUCCAGUAGGGAACUCUCUAAGAUUCUGGCAAAGUUGGAGCGGCUUAAGCAGCAGAAUGAAGACCUACGGCGCAUGGCCGAAUCUCUCAGGAUACCAGAGGGUCAGGCAGAAGCUGGGUCAUUGGCAGCAGGAAGGCUCCGCUCCUUGGAGGACCAGCUAACCAGAGCCAAACAGAAGAUUCACAGCUUUCAGAAACUCACUGGAGAUGGCCCUGGCCCAACUCAGGAGGAGCUGCGCAGGAAGGUUGAGAAUGGCGUCAAGGAGUUCUGGUACUUUGUACGCAGCGAGGUGAAGAAACUGUCCAAUGUGGAGCCUAGUGAGAGGCAGAAAUAUGCUGACACACUCCUGCAGGAUCUGGGAAAUCAGGAGAGAUCCAUCAUGACAGACCUAUACUACCUCAGCCAGGCAGAUGGAGUUGGAGAAUGGAGAGUGAAGGAGGCUAAAGAUCUGUCAGAUCUGGUCCAGAACAGAAUCACCUAUUUACAGAAUCCCCCUGACUGCAGUAAGGCAAGAAAGCUGGUGUGUAACAUCAAUAAGGGCUGCGGUUAUGGCUGCCAGCUGCACCAUGUUGUCUACUGCUUCAUGAUUGCAUACGGCACUCAACGCACACUCAUCCUGGAAUCACACAAUUGGCGCUACGCCCCCGGCGGCUGGGAGACUGUAUUUCUGCCCGUCAGUAACACAUGUACUGACCGGUCUGGGACUUCCACUGGACACUGGUCAGGGGAGGCUAAUGAUAAGGACGUUCAAGUUGUGGAGUUGCCCAUUGUGGACAGCCUACAUCCUCGACCCCCCUACUUACCUCUGGCAAUCCCGGAGGACCUGGCUCCACGUCUGCAUCGUCUGCAUGGUGACCCCUCUGUAUGGUGGGUGUCCCAGUUCGUCAAGUAUCUUGUACGCCCUCAGGCAUGGUUGGAAAAGGAGAUACAGCAGACCACUGCCAAGCUGGGAUUCAAACACCCUAUCAUCGGGUAUCCAGACUAUGAGUUCAUCAGUGAUAACUCCAUCUCGUGGUCAGCAGGCCUUCAUAACCGUUACACGGAGAACUCACUGAGAGGAGUCAUCCUGGACAUCCACUUCCUGUCUCAGACAGAUUUCCUGGUUUGCACGUUUUCUUCCCAGGUUUGCCGUGUGGCCUAUGAGAUCAUGCAGACGCUCCAUCCGGAUGCCUCCUCCUAUUUCUACUCCCUAGAUGACAUCUACUACUUUGGAGGCCAGAAUGCCCACAAUCAGAUCGCCAUUUACCCACACCAGCCACGCAACAGCGAGGACAUUCCCCUGGAGCCCGGUGAUGUGAUCGGCGUGGCCGGCAACCACUGGGACGGAUACUCCAAAGGCAUCAACCGGAAGCUGGGCCGCACCGGCCUCUACCCUUCAUACAAAGUCAAGGAGAAAAUUGAGACAGUGAAGUACCCACUUUACCCUGAGGCAGACAAACUGCUCAACUCUCAAAACAAGUAAAAAAAAAAAGAGGAUCAUACGAGGAAAAAAAGAAGAAUAUGAAGAGACACAGUCUCCAUUUCCAGGGAAGGAGGCUUCUUUUUUUGUACAGAAGAAAGAGGCGUAGUCGCUACGCUAAGCUGAGAAGAAAAGAAAAAUCCUGCACCCAGGGGUGAUAGGAACAAAAUGCACUCUGUAUGUAUGUGUAUGAGCAAGUUUGACUUUUCUUUCGUUGAACUUGAGUGGGUGUGUGUGUGAGAGUGUGUGUGCACUUUUGUAAAUGCCUGUGCAUAUGUCAGGUCAUGGAAGACUCGCACCUCUCUGCUCCCUCCUCCCCAGUGCCCUCACCUUGGCGUUCUGACGUCAGGUCUGUAGAGAUACUUAGACGUGAACAUUGAUUUUUAAAACAAAGCAAGAGGAGAGAAAAAAAAAGCGAUUAAGAUCUCCACUUAAACGGACCGAGCCAUCCGUCCUGAAACGAGACUGGGAUUACUGUAAACCAGGCACACCCCUUUUGAGCUUCAAAUCCCUGACUGAAGAAGCAAACAAACAAAAAAAAAAACAAUGACGUGUUUUGAUUUUAAUUUAAUUAUUUCCAGUGCUUUUGAUUCUAAUCUUGCCUUUUUUUCCCUCAUGUAUUUUUCUUUAUCUAUUGUUUACUGAAUGUACUGUAUCCUCUUGCCAUGCUUCGUCAUCUCACCAUGCUUCCUCCAUUUCAUGUUAUCAUGUGCAAUUAAUUUUACAGAAACCACAUUGUGCUUUUAUCGAGUGUUUUAAUGGUCUUAAUUUUGUGUGUCUGGGGCUAAUCUAUUGUAUACUGUACAGUGAGUGUGUGUGUGAGGAAGAGUGAAAGGCAAAUAGGAAGUGUUUGAUCAUGUGUGCCUGUGUUUGAGGUGCAAGUCUAAGGGGCCAUGUCAUGACCAUGUGUCCGAUUAUUGGUUUUUUAUUAUUUGACUAAAGAGUUUACAGGAAAUAGAGGCCCUCUGAUUGGCUCUUAACACUUGGAUGGAACCCUGAAGACCAGUCACUCCACUGCUAAUAUAACAAACAAUGAUAAGUUUGAGAAUAGUGAACUCAUGGUGCAGCGACACAGGAGCCGUCCAGGAGGCUCACCAAAACAUAGCACUCUGAUGAUGAUUAUGUCCUUUUUUGGCAGUAUUGCCCUCUCCACCAUUGUUUAUUUCCUUUUUUUUUAACUUUGCUUAAAAAAAAUAGGUGUUCGUUUUUUUUCAAGUGCUAUUUCAUAUCAACCCUCCCCCCCACCACCACCACCACUAUGAAGGCUGUUUUCAUAAAUUAUGUUCUUGGGCAUUGUCUUUGAUAACCACAAAUCAAAUAAACUUGAGAAACACA